AUGAAGUUCUCCAUUGGUGUUUCUCUGCUGGCCACCUUGGCCAGCGCCGUCAACGUUGACAUGGCCAAGCGCGACACGUCCCCACUUGACGUCAAGCUUGAGGCCAUUGGCAACUCGGGUGUCAAGGCUGCCCUUACCAACACUGGUGACUCUGCCAUCAAGCUGUUCAAGACCGGCACGUUCCUUGACAAGGCUCCCGUUGAGAAGGUCGAGGUUUUCGCUGCCGGCAACAAGGUCGACUUCGAUGGCAUCCGCCUUCAGAUUGCCACCGCCGGUCUGACCGAGGAAGCUUUCCAGAUCGUUGCUGCUGGCGAGACCGUUGAGGUUGAGUUCGAUGCUGCCGAGCUCCACGACCUUAGCACCGGCGGCGCCGUCGAGAUCGUCACUCAGGGCUCCUUCCUCUACGCCGAUGCCGACUCGACCGAGAUUGCCGGCGCUGUUCCCUUCAGCAGCAACAGCAUCAAGACUGAGGUCAACGGCGAGGAGGCUGCCUCUGUUCGCACCGCCUUCAUUGAGAAGCGCACAGCCGUGCAGGCUGACUGCACCGGCACCCGCCGCACUGUCACAGUCAAUGCCAUCACCCGCUGCCGCUCUCUUGCCGUUGCCGCAUCCUCAGCUGCUGCCUCUGGUCCGGCUGCCCGCAUGACUGAGUACUUCAAAAUCGUCUCGGAGUGCGGUAGCACCACUUCUGGUGUCUCUCGCCAGUACUGCAGCGAUGUCUACGGCGCCUGCUCCAGCAACGUCAUCGCAUACACUCUUCCUAUCGUUCACGAGAUGACCCAUCUGACCCAGAUCCGAGGCACCUCUGACUACAACGGAUACGGAUACAACUUCGUCCGCAGCUUGACAGCUGCUCAGAACCUCAACCACGCCGACACUUACACCCUCUUCGCCCAAUCCAUCUACGCUGGCUGCUAA